AUGUCAGAUGUAACUCAAUCAACCGAGAUGCCUGUUGCGCAACCGAUGGAAGUGACAGAAGAGGCUGUACCUACCAUUGUUCACUUCACGGAUGGCUACAACGAACAACAAGCGUUUUAUCUAAAACUUGUCAAAUCCAACCUCGAUGACGAGACACUCUCUGACCUUCGCGCAAUUAUUGCCGGAUGCACUGGCAGCAUCGAAGUAUCUCACCUCCCGUUCUGCACCAAGAAAGGAGCAGUUGUUCCAGACAGUUUUGGCAUUGACGAGUACUUGAAAGAUUGCUUGCAUGUCCAUGUCACGGACGCCAUCGUGCUUGAUGUGUAUAUGAAGUGUGAAAAUGUUUCCGUGCCGAGAAGUUCCGGUGAUACAAUUGGCAUUAGUAGAGUCAUUGAAAGCGGCAAACUUGCGGGAUUAAAGCAAGAGGUUGACGAGACUACGUUCAAGUUGCUAACGGGUACCAAUUCAAAAUAUAUUCCUGAGCUUGAGGAGCAAGACUGGUCUGUCGUCGUUGAGAGUAACUCACUCUGCUAUGGCAUCUGUGUGAUACGUGCGAAGACCGGUAAUGUUGCCGUUGGUGUCGAGAAGGCUCGGUAUCCAGCCUUUCGAUUGAAGAAGAGGACGAUCUUGUCAGACAACAUUACCAACACAUCCUUGCAAGACGUCGAAAUGGACCUGCGUAUUCCAGAGUACAUCAUUGACGACAAGUCAUACAUCUCGGUCUACGAGACGGAGAGCGCCGCACAGUUGGCAAUGGUUACGUCGGCAUUCUCGGAGGCUGACGUUGAAGCAGCAGGAUCUGGGUCCUUCUGGGGAUGUUCGCUGGCAGCGAAAGCGGGCUACGGACAGAAGGUGGCCAUUCAAAACGCUAUGCAAGCACGCAAAACCAGUAAACAGGGACAGUUUCCACGAGCGACACUUCUCCUAGAUGAGCGUAGUUUGGAGUUGACACAACAAUGUCAAAAGGCUAUAUGCAACGUCGUCGAUGGUCCAUCUUUGACGCAAUUCCUAGAUGACUACGGUGAGUUCUUCAGUCGGAGAGUUCAAGUUGGCGGCCGACUCUUCGCCACUGAAGAUGUUAUCGCCGCCGAAGUAGGUAGCAGCAAAGAGACUGCCAACUCAAUGAAAGCCGCCGCUUCCCUAUCAUUCACACUUUGGGGCUUGGGUCCAUCCGGAUCUUCAUUGCUUGAACAAAAAGGUUCCGGAGCGGCCAACAGCACCACCAGCUGUACGAGUAAAACGCUGGCGUGGCAGGCGAACGGCGGAGACACUUUGCUCGCGAACAGUCCCAGAGAAUGGACACCUACGGUGGCGUACCAUUGGAAUUGGAGAAUUACUCAGCAAGAUCGAGUCUGUACACUCAUCGAUUUGCUGAAUAAGUUUGAGGGUCAGCGUGGUCUCGUGGACAAAGUCAAGGCGUAUGACCCAAAGACGUCGCUCGGUAUCAGCCCUGGGAAACACAAGAGGUUCACUCUGAGUGCUGAUGGGGUUGCCAACGGAAGAUAUCUUGUGGCUUUCAGACCGGCCACCAAAAAUCUCACCCAUACGGCCGAAAUUUUCAACGCAGCCAAAAAGGGCUGCAUGCCUCCAGAGCCAUGUCUGUCAAACAGGGGCUGUGUGUUCAUGGGGCCAAAGGAAGCUCUGCGAUCCCCAAUUGAACUGGCCCUUCAAGCAGAUACUACCAAUUGUUCAGCAGCGACAACUCUCAACUAUGGCACCGAGUACUACGUGAAACAUGUAGCCACAGAUACCUGGAUCGGGUUUUUGGACGGUGUGGGUGGAAUGCGACCGCUGUUUGCCGCGUCGUCAAAAGAAGCCCGUGUGAAGUUCAUCAACCCUGACGAUACAGAUAGCACAUCGGAGAUUGUGUCCAAUGGAAAAGUUAAGCUGGAAAUGCAUUGGAGUUCCAAAGUGCUGUAUCUUUACGAUGCGGUGGAGGAUCGAGUCCAUGACCACGCAUAUCUGUGUGCGACAAAAGACAACGAGACAUCAAGGGUUGCUCAGAUUAUGCGAGUGAGGUAUUAA